ACAGGUCAACCUGACCAUUUUAAAUUCCCCUAAAUGGAAGUCUCUGUUUUUAUUACGUAAAAAUCUCAAAAUAAAUCCAAAAAAUUAUUGUACGCAAUUCAUUUUUACAAGAUGAUUCGAUCGGUUUUGGUGCCUAGCACUCAAAAUUUAUUAGCUAAUAAUGGGUUAAAAGCUAUUUGUGGUGCGUUUGGGCCAUCCGUAAGGCAACAAUCAACACCGGCUCCAGUUCCGGAAUAUAAACCAUAUUCCCCUUUUAGGGUUAAAACUGAUAAUAUGGUCGAUUAUUCAUUGGCUAGAUUAGAUGAUUUGCUCAAUUGGGGUCGAAAAGGGUCUAUGUGGCCUCUUACCUUCGGUUUGGCUUGUUGCGCUGUGGAGAUGAUGCAUAUUGCUGCUCCACGAUAUGAUAUGGAUAGGUUUGGUGUAGUAUUCAGAGCAUCACCUCGGCAAGCAGACGUGAUUAUCAUCGCUGGUACAUUAACUAAUAAGAUGGCACCGGCUUUACGAAAAAUUUAUGAUCAAAUGCCCGAACCAAGAUGGGUUAUUUCAAUGGGAAGUUGUGCUAACGGAGGGGGAUAUUACCAUUAUUCUUAUUCAGUGGUUCGAGGAUGUGAUAGAAUUAUUCCAGUUGAUAUUUAUGUACCUGGUUGUCCCCCAACCGCUGAAGCUUUACUUUACGGAGUAUUACAAUUACAAAAGAAGGUUAAAAGAAUGAAUAUGAUCCAAUUAUGGUAUAGAAAAUAAUUGGUGUAUUAUUAAAAUAAAUAAAAAUUAAGAGGUUGUAAAUA